UUACAUUGCAUUUAUAGCAAUCAGGAUCCUUGUUUUUGAAUACUUUAGCUGAAAUAAUUUCUUGAGAUUAUUUUUGCACCAUGGCAACUCCAAAACAGCAAACCAGAAGCAGAGACAAGGAAUGUCCCUCCACCCCUCUCAGUCCUUCAAUUUCUUCACGCAAAGAUGAACGGGACCAGUUGGCAAACCUUAACAACAGGAUGGCAGCUUAUGUGGAAAAAGUUCGUUCUCUUGAAACAGAAAACUCGAGACUUCAAAUCAAAGUUACGAGUUACGAGGAGACGAGCACUCGUGAGGUGACUAGCUUAAAAGCGAUGUAUGAACGUGAAAUAUCAGAAGCUCGGAGACUUCUUGAUGAAUUGUCAAAAGAAAAAGCUCAACUCCAAAUUGAAUCCAAUUCAUUUAGGGAGAAAUGGGAAAUUGAAUUAAACAAAGCCAGUGCCCUGGGCCAUGAUAACGCUGUGUUGGAAGGAAAGCUGAAAGAUUCAAACUCUCUUCUGUUUUCGAGGGAAAACCAGUUACAGUGCGCCAAGCGCGAGAGGGAGGAAGCUGUUGAAGAAGCUGAAACCUUGCGAUCGAAACUAAACGACAUCCAGGUUGAAUUGGAAGCUUCACAGAAAGCAUUGGACACAGAAACAUUAAUGAGAGUUAACUUUGAAAAUAAACUUCAAUCUUUGAAGGAAGAAUUGGAGUUUAAAGAAAAGUUGUAUCAAGAAGAAGUGUCUGAGAUACGAAAGCGUCACACGCUUAGUGUUACGGAGAUUGAUGAAAAAGUGAAAGGGGUUUAUGAGAGUCAGUUCGAAGUGGCCCUCAUUGAACUGAGAGAUCAACAAAACGCCGAUCUUGAGCAAAUGAAAGAAGAUUUGGAAGGACAAUAUUCGUCGAAGAUCGAAGAACUUAAAAAGAAGCUUGACUACGUUCGUAAGAGCACCAUGAAGGGUUCGGAGGAUUGUAAAGCUGCCGAGAUGAAAGUUGAGAGGUUGCAAACCACAAUUAAAUCAUUGCAGAACAAAAACAACAAUCUAAACAACCGUGUUCAAGACUUAGAGGGACAAGUAGCAACCGAGCGCGAGAUUCGAUUCUCGGCCGUGUUAUCGAUUGAACAGCAACGUGAUGAAGCGUUGCAGAAGAUCACGACGAUGGAAAAGGAAUAUUUGGAACUCAUGGAUCUCAAGAUUAAACUCGACCACGAGAUUGGGGUUUAUAGGAAGCUGUUGGAGGAAGAAGAGACGAGGUUAAACUUGAGUCCGAGCCCUCAUGUGGACGGCUCUGAUUCAAAACGACGAUCAAGACGUAAAAGGAAAAGGGUCACCACUCAAAGUGAAUUGGCACAAAAAGCAAAGAAACAGGAGAUUGCGAGCGCCACUUAUUCAAGUGAGACAGUCAUCACUCAGAAGUCGGUGAAUGUUGGGGAAGAUGUGUUGCAUCAACAGGAUGACCCCGCCCCCGAGGGUAACAACUCAUGUUCAAUCAUGUAAUUUCUAUCUUGCAUUCCAAACAUCAAUUUGUAGCAAAGGAAUCGAUAUCUUAGCAGCUCAUAUAAUCAAAUGCUCUAUUUGUGCAGUUUUAUAAAGACAUUUUUCCAGAAAACUUUUCUACAAAUUUAGCCACGCAAAGGUUUUAUGCAAGAACCUGUUUUUAGGUACGACAAAUUACAGCAAUUGUUUUCUAAUGGUUGAUUUACCUUCUCAUAAAAUUUUCUUUAAUCAAAAAUGGAAUUUUUUCCUUCAGUUUUUUGUACAUAGUAUCCCUUCAUGCCUUUGUGUCAUUUUUUCAUUCCCAAAGCCACAAUAGUCAGGACUUCUCAACCUAAUUUUUCGCUGCCCAAUAAUUAAACUCAUUUUUAGAAUACAUUUUGCACAACUUUUUGUAAGCAUAAAAUAAAAUUGCUCACUUUUACAAUGACACAGCACCACUGUAGUAGGCGAACCAACCAAAUCAACACGCGACGAACUUGUUGCAACCAAACGGUUUAAACAACUAAAUGUAAAAAUUGUUAACCUCAAAAAUGAAAGGUUGAGAAGUACUUAAGUAAAGUCAUAGGACAUCGCACACACUGCCUAUACCCAACUAUAAACACAACUGUAUACCCAUUGUAUAUAACCCCCUUGUAUAUUAAAUGCAUGCAUCUUACUUUCUGCAGUCAGAAAUGCUUUGAUUUGAUAAUAACGUAGUUUUUACUCGGGUGACAUUUAUUUAGCAUCAUGAAACUGCGAGAAUACAUCAUUCGUUUUUGACACGAA